ACACGGAGGCCCACACGCCACCAACCAAACGAAUGGCGCUUCCUGUCUUUUAGAUUCUCGAAUCGGUGUUGUAAGCAUCUUUACAGAGAAAUAAUGGGUUUUCAAAAUAUUUGGUAUUCGCAUCCGCGAAAAUAUGGACAAGGAUCCAGAUCCUGUCGUGCUUGCGCGAAUAGGCAUGGACUGAUCCGCAAAUAUGGUUUAAAUAUUUGCAGACAAUGUUUCAGAGAAUAUGCUGCUGAUAUCGGUUUCAAAAAGCUGGACUAAUAUGGACACAACUUUUAACCUGAAUAUAAUUUCCAACAAUACUAUUUCCAUGUGAACCAUAGGAAUGCAUCAGUACAAAAUUUCAUCUAAAAAACACUUUGUUGACUUUUAUUAAUAUUUGGAUUAUCCAUUGGAAAAUGAUUGUAUUUGUCCUAAUCAUGAAACCUAAAUAAAUAUAAUUAUGUAACUAAGAA